GUGGUGCGCAGCUGUGUGUAAGACGGAGCUCUCCACGGACACACACACAUACAGAAGCGCGCGCGCGCGCGCACACACACACGAACUCUGCCACGGGACUGGCAGCGCGCGAGCUCACACUCCACACACUUUUUAGGUUCCACUGAUUGCUGUCAGUUUAUGAGACGAGAAACAAGCUUGUUGAGAAACCAGUACCCAGCUUUGUCUUCUGUACUGAAACUAAUAUAAAUUCAUAUUUGAAUAACUGGCAGCCCACUUUGCCAUAAUGAGGCUGUUGUUGUUGCUGCUUUUACUCUGUGUGAGUGAAUGUCUCUGUCAGAAAGACUGUACUGGAGUGGAGUGCCCACUUCUUAACAACUGCAUUGAUGAGGUUUUGGAAAAUGGUGCCUGUUGUGCUACUUGUCUACAAACUGGCUGCAAAUGUGAAGGCUACCAGUACUAUGACUGUGUUCAUGCUGGCUUCAGAUCUGGUCGAGUGCCUGAAGGAGAAUCUUACUUUGUGGAUUUUGGAAGUACAGAGUGCUCUUGCCCACAGGGUGGAGGACGGAUCAGUUGCCAUUUUAUUCCAUGUCCUGAGCUUCCCGCUAACUGCAUUGAAGUGUCGGAGCCAGCGGAUGGGUGUAUUCAGUGUGAACGGAUAGGCUGUGUGUAUGAGGGGCAGAAGUAUGAGGCUGGCCAUUCAUUCCACAUGGACGAAGUGUGCCAAGUCUGCCACUGCCCUAAUAAUGGCGGGAACUUAAUGUGUUCCCCGAUCCCAGAUUGUGAUUCGAGGCAAGUUCAUAAACCCAUGCUUGCAGCUACCACAGAGGAAAACACACCAUGGAGACAUCAAAAUAAAAUCCAAAAUCUUUUCAACCAUCAAGGCUCAAGGAGUCCCUUCUCCAAACCUUUUCCACAGUCAUAUCGUGAAAGCCUGCCUCCAUUCAAACCAAACCCAAGCAACAUGGAUGAAGAAGAAGAGGAGGAGGAGGACUAUGACUACCCUACAACAGAUUCCUCAAAGCAAUCUCGGCAUGACCCAGUCUCUCCAGCGGAAUCCUACAUUAUCUCAGUCUCUGAUCUGGAAAACAAUCCUUCUUACCAGGCCAAAGGAACCAAGCAGGAGCUUAAAGAGAGAUUUGGUGUUCAUGAAGCAACAACAGACAGACCAUUACGUGAAGAGGGGACAGAUGGUGCAAAAUAUCAUCGUCGUAUAGUGAACUCUACGAAAGACACUUUAGAAGUUUCUGAAGACAAUAUUAGAGAAGCACAAAUUAACAUUCCUAAAGUUAGUGCCAACAAAGAGACACUCCCCAUCUAUACAGAUACCACACAUGAAGAACAAUUCUCUGUUUACAGAGACACCACUGUAAAUGAGAGUUAUGGCCCCUAUAAAGAUAACAGCUACACAGAGGUUCUUGAGGAAAGAGACAGAGACGGCCUGAGAAAGAUGUCAGAGAUCUUUAAAGAAACCACUGAGAUUUUACAAUUUGAUUCAUAUGAAGACAACACACACAGUGAAAUAAUCACUGAUUCUCCAGUGACUGUAGUUCCAACUAUGCCUCAAACUACAGAGGAGACACAGAUGACAACAACAUGGCAGACUACCUGGGGCAGUUUUUUACCAGAUCAAGUUUACCAUAGCACACCAGAAACUGGGGAAUUUUACAGCACACAAAAAGAAGAGUUGAACAUGGAAAAGCAAGACGUCUCAAUAAAUAAUGUCACAGAGAGUGUGAAAAAUCAUGAUAUGGAUGAAAUGUUUGACAAACAGGAAAAAGACAGUUUACAAUCUAUAACGGCAAGCAUCUCAGGCAAUGAAUAUGAAUCUUCAGCGGCAACUGACAGACCAUCAGAAGAGCAUGAAACCAAACCAGAAGUGUAUACGAAUCCUCCUGUGAUCUUCAGCCCAACCAGCCAGUCACACUUGAGAGUGAACACAGAGGAUGGACAGCCCCUAAAUAAACAUUCACAUAGUCUGUUUGAAGUUGCAGAGGAGGAGGAAAAAUAUGAGCUUGAGGAAAAGGAAGAGAAAGACAACACAUUCAGUUCCAAUACAACAGCCAAUGAAGGAAUGCCAGCUUUAGUAACACUGGAGACAUGCUGUAAAGCUGGGCGGAAAUGGGCCUCAGAGAACCAGCACUGCAAUCAGCUGGCCCCUGUAAUAGAAGAAGACACGGUUUGUGGGGCUGUUCAGGAGCAGUGUUGUGCAGGUGCACUGAGAGAGAGCAGGUGUUUAACUGGCAUGUACGUUGCCAGAGCAGGUGAGGUGUGUGGAGAAGGUAGCAGCUCACACUGUGGAGAGGAUAUCCAAAAGGAGUGUUGCAGCUGCUGUGCACUUGGUUUGCGUCUACGACGUGAGGGAAAGAGCUGUAACGCACAUCAACACUUUAUCUACCCUUGUGCACACAUUUUCCUCACCUGCUGUAAGGAAGAAGAUGAAGGACAUAGCACACCUGUACUAAAGAGAAAGGAGAGACCUAGACCUACCACCCUACCUAAAAAAGUGGCUGACAGACCAUUCCCUAAGCAGUCUCUAUCCAUCGCGGAGUCAGAGCAUGUAUCUAACACUGUGGAGAACCUGGAGGAUGUAGAUGAGUGUGAGAGAUUUGAGGGAAAGCGCUGCCAUCACAUCUGCAUCAACACUUUGGGAUCCUACAAAUGCAAAUGCCACCCAGGAUAUACGCUGAUGCAGGAUGGACACACUUGCGCAAUCGAGAAUGCAGAGGAAGACAACAGAGUUACAGAGGAAGACAAUGUGUUUACUUUGGCCACACCGCCUCAAGAGACCACCCAGAUCUCCGCCGUACAAAAUCCAUGUGAAGGUAAUGGCCCAUGUACUCAGCACUGCUCUGCUGUGGAAGGACUGGCCCGCUGCUCCUGUUUCCCAGGAUUCUCAUUGAUGUCUGAUGGACGGACAUGUGAAGAUGUGAAUGAGUGCAGCAGGGCCACACACACUUGCUCUCCCAAGGAGGUGUGUGUGAACAUGGAAGGUUCCUACAAGUGUGUGCUUCUGAAUGACAGGUGCGACGUGGGCUUUAUACGCAACCAGUAUAGAGAGUGUGUGGAUUUGAAUGAGUGUGUGACAAACACACACACCUGCGAGCCCAACGAGCGCUGUGUGAACACAGUUGGAGCCUUCAUGUGCGAGAGGCAGAUUUCUUGUUCAAGUGGCUACCAACUGAGGAAUGGAGUAUGUGAAGAUAUUGAUGAGUGUGCUGUACGGAGCCAUGACUGUGGCUCGGGAUUCCAGUGCCACAACACACAAGGCUCAUUCCGCUGCAGCCCGAAGCAGAAACAGUGCCUCACCGGCUUCUCUCAGGACCCUCAUGGCAACUGCAUCGACAUCGAUGAGUGCAGCGUUGUGAGGGAGCCGUGUACGACAGGCUUUAACUGCAUAAACACUGUGGGCUCCUACAACUGCCAGCGAAAGAUUAUAUUAUGCUCCCGAGGAUAUCAUUCCAGCCCUGAUGGUUCACGCUGCAUUGAUGUGGAUGAGUGUGCAACAGGAACACACCGCUGUUCUGAGGGUCAGAUCUGCCAAAACCUCCCUGGCAGCUACCGAUGUGAAUGCCAGCCAGGCUACCAGUAUGAUGCCGUUCGCCGGCUGUGCAUUGAUGUGAACGAGUGUUGGCGUUACCCAGGGCGUCUCUGUUCUCAGACCUGUGAGAACACUGUGGGCUCUUACAAGUGCUCCUGCACCACAGGUUUCUCCCUUGCCUUUGAUGGCAAGAAUUGUGAAGAUGUUAAUGAGUGUGAGAACAAUCCCUGCAGCCAGGAGUGUGCCAACAUCUAUGGCUCCUACCAGUGCUAUUGCCGUGUUGGAUAUUAUUUGAAGGAGGAUGGCCACACCUGUGAAGAUAUUGAUGAGUGCUCUCAAAGCAUUGGGAACAUGUGUGCUUUCCAGUGUGUAAAUAUUCAAGGCAGCUACCAGUGUGCCUGCCCCCCUCAUGGCUAUUCCAUGUCACCCAAUGGACGCACAUGCCAAGAUAUUGAUGAAUGUGCAACAGGAACACACAACUGCUCAACAACCCAAACAUGUUACAACCUUCAGGGAGGAUUUCGCUGCCUGUCUUUUACAUGUCCUGAGAACUACAGGAAGGUGUCAGACACACGCUGCGAGCGAGUAAGCUGCUUCGGCUCCCAGUGCCAGAACUUGCCUCUCCGCAUCACCUAUUACCAGCUUAGCUUCCAGACUAACGUCGUCACCCCAGCACAGAUCUUCCGCAUCGGCCCCUCUCCAGCCUACUCAGGUGAUAACAUCAUCAUUAGCAUCCCACGUGGCAAUGAAGAAGGCUACUUUAGCACACGCCGGCUCAACAGCUAUACCGGAGCCGUGUACCUGCAGCGACAGCCCCAUGGCCCUCGUGACUUCCUCAUUGACGUAGAGAUGAAGUUGCUGCGGCAGGGCACCGUCACCUCGUUCAUCACUCGCAUCUACGUCUUCAUCACAGCUCACUCCAUGUGAUGACACUUUCUGUUGCAUCAUACCUGCUUUCAUAAGGUGCUAAUCUCCUGAGGGGGUUGUCAGAAUAUCUCAUUAGCUGCUUUGCUGAACAGAUUUUCAAAAGAAGCUUGUCCAAAAGGAGCUAUGAUGGUGCUUUUUUACAGGAAUCCAACAGCUUGUGUUCUGUCAUGACUUGAGACAAAAAGAGAAAUGCAAACUGCAUUGGCUGACAGAAGUAGUUUGAUUUCCAUCUACAUUUCUUCUCAGUAAUAAAAGUUACUCAAUGCCAGAUGUUAUUUUUUUCUGAAACAGUUAUAAUUUCUUGAAACUUUUUCUGUAGAGCCUUGUUAAUGUUUUUACAGAGCAAUGCUUCCUGGAAAGGGAGCUGGAGGAAAACAGUGGGAAGAGAAAAUGGAUCCUUAAACCUUCUUCACACAUUGUUGCAUCCCUUUAUUUUAGCCACUAUAAAAGUUUCAGUCAUUUUGGGAACAUUUAUUUACUGUACUCUAAAAUGUAAUAAGUUGCAUCGAAAUGUAUACUACUAAAGAGUACAUUUACAGCACUUCUUUUCGAUGUCAAAGGGAAAUACUGCAAAAACAUCUCUUGUAAUCACUGUGAUUAAUAUUUUGCAACUGAAAAGAUGUAUAAUAUUUUGUAAUAUUUGUAGUUUGCUUGUUCCGUUUGUAUCUGUUAUUGCAAGGCACAUUUGACAUUCACACUUGGAGUCUGUGUGAGAGAUAAUACAGCACUGAGGACAUUACAUUACAAGACUCUUUGUACGGAGGUAUUGUUUUUUUUUUUUUUUUUUUUUUGCUUUCUAUAUCUAUUUCUGUAUGUUAUCUAAUCCUCUCAGGGUAAAUGCAUCAGAUCAUUCCUUGGUGUCUCAAUGAUUACCAAAUCAUCAUUGGUUCAAUAAACAAACAAUAAAUAACAGACCCACAAUAA